AUGGCCAUCCGGUCUUUUCUCACCCUAUCCCUAGCUCUGCUAGCACAGGCACGACCACGGCACGUAUUCGACCCGGAAGACGUGGGCAGCAAAAUCACCCUGCCAGUCAUUUCAGCGCCGAACCCAGCAGCAGCAGCUCGAGGAGUGGAGGUAGUAGGACGAAGUGCAAGUGACGACCAAGACAAGCCAUUUCACAUCUUGCCGUUCCCAUAUACACCCAACGGCAAGCGGACCAUUCUGGAGGAUGACGAGGGAGCAGCCGGCGCGGUGACUCUUCCGGUGCCUCGACCGCCGUCCAGGCGCAGUGCCGAGGAUGAUGAAGAAGAAGACAACAAGCCUUUCCACAUCCUCCCCUUCAACGAGAAGCGCAAGCUGCCCGUCGAAGAUGGCCCCAUCGGAACCAUCACGCUGCCUGUUAUUCACGCCCACCGCCCCGUAUUAGACAAGCGAGCUGUGGAAGUGCAGGUUGAGAACCGAUCUGACGUCUCGUACUACGCUCAACUCAACAUCGGAACUCCCCCCCAGACCGUCUACGCCCAAAUCGACACCGGCUCCUUCGAGCUCUGGGUCAACCCAGACUGCUCCAAUGUCGCCUCCUCAGACCGCCGCUUCUGCAAGGCCAUCGGCUUCUACAACCCGCGCUCGUCCUCCUCAUCGUCCACCACCCAAGAGUCCGCCAUGCUCCGCUACGGCAUCGGCUCCGCCAACGUCUCCUACUUCAAGGACAGCAUCGCGCUGCCCGGCUCCGCCUCCGCCAUGAAGCAGGUCCAGUUCGGCGUCGCCUCCGCCAGCGUGGACGAGUUCUCCGGCAUCCUCGGCAUCGGCGCCGGCGAAGGGUUCAACACCGACUACCCCAACUUCAUCGACGAGCUGGCCGCCCAGGGCGUCACCAAGACCAAGGCCUUCAGCCUCGCCCUGGGCAGCAAGGCCGAGGAGGAGGGCGUCAUCAUCUUUGGCGGCGUCGACACGGCCAAGUUCCAGGGCAAGCUCGCGGAGCUGCCCAUUGUCCCCGCAAAGGAAUCGCCCGACGGCGUGGCGCGCUACUGGGUUAAGAUGAACUCGAUUGCGCUGUCGCCUCCCAAGGGCAAGUCGACGACUUUCAGCCAGACGGACAUGACUGUCUUUUUGGACAGCGGCUCGACGCUGACGCUGCUGCCGGAGCAGGUGGUGCAAGAUAUUGCAAAGGGCCUUGGAUCGAGCGGCAUGGAUAGCAGCGGCUUCUACGUGAUAGACUGCAACUUGGCAAGCCAGGCGGGAACAGUUGACUUUGCCUUUGACGGCGUGACGAUUUCCGUGCCGUACAGCGAGUUGAUUCGACAGGUCAGCUCUUCACCUCCGCAGUGUUAUCUAGGCAUGAUGGGCAGCACCGAGUUUGCUCUCCUGGGCGACACCUUUUUGCGAUCCGCCUACGCCGUCUUCGAUCUCACCGGCAACAGCAUCCAUCUUGCCCAAUACACCAACUGCGGCACAAAAGUGCAAGCCAUCACAUCAAGCUCUGCUCUCCAGGGCCUUUCCAGCACAUGCAACGGACAGAGCGAGUCUCCUUCAUCAGGCUCUCCCGCUCCCUCGUCAGCCGCAAAGGCAGCACCUUCAAAGACUGCUGCGUCUAAGCCCGACGGCCCUGCUUCAAGCACAGUCCAGCCAGUACAGAGUCCAACAGCAGCAGCCUCCAAACCCGCCGGUGACCAAGCCCCUCCCGCUACAACCACAGCCGCAAGCACGGCAAAGAGCACUCCCACAAGUGUGUCUGAUGCUGCCGGUAAGAGCAGUGCCGGCAGAGUUAAUGUCCAGGCUAUGGGCUGGAGCACGGUGUUUGCAGCAAUGGGUCUGCUAUUAAUUUAA